AUGUCUGCUAGGUGCCUUAGAUGCCAGUUCUUGUUAUCAUUUCACAUCCUUCAGUUACAACUUGAAGUCGUAUUAACGUUUUUGGUUGUUCCGAGGUCUGGGUCAUGUGACAUUGUAACGCUUCUUAAGAAAAGCCAACAAGGGAAAAAAACAUCCCACUUGAGCAGCGCAGAAGGAAGAGUGACUGCAUUCUCAUACUUCACCAUGGCUCCUUCAGACUCUCAAAAACAGCUGGCAUUGGCCAUAAUAGACUUCCUCAAUACCAGCAUCAAGGAUGGAACGCUUGCGGCAGAGCACUCAGAGUCCAUAGAGAUCGCAACCUCUUGUCUGGGAGACACAUUUGGCGUCGACCCGUCCGACGAGGCUGCCAUGAAGGAUGCACUGGGUGGCCAGUCGCUGUUGAACAUCUACAGUGUGUACCAAAAGGUCAAAGGCACCAGGAAUACUAAUCCCGCCGCCACCAGCGAGACAAAAAGGGAGCCUAGCAAAACCGCCCCCCAAGCUGGCGCUCCCACUCCUGAAUCCGACAAGCUAAAGUCAGAGGGGAAUGCAGCCAUGGCCCGUAAGGAUUACCCCGCUGCCAUUGAUUGUUAUUCUCGCGCACUGAACAUUGCGCCUGCCAACCCUAUCUAUCUGUCCAACCGUGCCGCCGCAUAUUCCGCUUCUGGAAACCAUACAAAGGCUGCUGAAGAUGCUGAGGUCGCCGUUGCUGCUGAUCCCAAGUAUGUCAAGGCCUGGAGCCGACUUGGGCUAGCCAGGUUCGCGCUUGGUGAUGCCAAGGGCUCUGCUGAAGCCUACGAGAAGGGAAUCGAGGCCGAAGGCAAUGGCGGCAGUGAUGCCAUGAAGAGGGGUCUAGAAACAGCUAAGAAGCGAAUUGCAGAAAUGGAGAAGGCGGAAAAUGAGCCUCCGGCCGAAGCCGUUGAUGACGCCGCUGGUUCUUCCCGUGGUGCACCGGGUGGCAUGCCAGACCUUUCCUCCCUUGCAGGCAUGCUUGGAGGCGGAAGUGGAGGUGGCAUGCCCGAUUUUAGCGCUCUCAUGAACAAUCCUAUGUUCGCUAAUAUGGCUCAGAAUCUUAUGAGUAACCCUGAUAUGAUGAACAACUUAAUGAACAACCCAGCCCUGAGACAGAUGGCCGAGAACUUUGGAGGCGGUCGCGGCGGAGGAGGUGGUGGUCUCCCUGACAUGUCUUCUCUAAUGAAUGACCCUAGCAUUGCCGAGAUGGCUAAGAAUUUCAUGGGAGGAAGAGGUGCUGGUCGAGGUGCCGGCCCAAGCCCUUAA